CAAAACGUAGAAGAGAGGACCAUUUUGUCAUAAUAAUAUUUUGGGUUGCAACUUGAAACUAAUACUACGACUCUCUCUGUCCCGCACAUUCAUCUUAAUGCACCAAGCUUGCUAAAUGUCUCUUAGUUCCUUGUUUUUUAGUGUGUAUCUUCCUCGAAAAAUGUAUGUAUGAACCCUAUUUACUUUAUAUUCUUCCAUAAUCCUUUUUAUUUUCUUCCUUAAAACUGUUUUAUCCCACAAAUACUUCAUAUUUUCACUAAUAGAUUGAAAGUAACUAAAAUGAGAACUACUCGAAGAGGAAGGCGUUCUGAGGCAUUUUGGCCAUCAUUAGUGAUGAAGAAAUGGCUAAAUAUUAAGCCUAAGGAGUAUGAAUUUAGCGAGGAUGAUUUUGAUACGGAGACUGAGAGUGAAGAUGAUGCAUUAUCUUGUAAGGAUUCCAAACUCAACGAUGCUGAGGAUCGUUUCCAAAUUACUCAAGAGAUCAAAUCCAUGUCCACAAAUCAGAUUUCAGACAAACCUGCAGAAUGUAAUCAGCUAAGACACAGAAGAGGAAUUUCUGAAACCCUGCGAGUUCAGUACAUAAAAACUAAAGAUGUGAGAGUGACAAUAGGAACAUGGAAUGUGGCUGGUAGACCACCAUCUCAAGGUCUAGAAAUAGAUGACUGGCUUUGCAUGGAGGAACCAACAGAUAUCUACAUUAUUGGUUUCCAGGAAGUAGUCCCUCUAAGUGCUGGAAAUGUACUAGGAGCAGAGGAUAACACCCCAAUACCGAAAUGGGAAGCACUAAUCCGUAAAACCUUGAACAAGACAUCUGAAUCCGAAGCUGACUACAAAAGCUUUAGUGCACCACCAUCUCCGAUUUUAAGGACAUCAUCAACUCUCGAUGCACUUGUAGACGAUAUUCAUAUUCCUUCACUCGAGUUUCCUACUGAUGAAUCUAUACCGAAAUCAAACCUUGAACUUGACGUCAAUGAACUUAAACUAAAGGGAAAAUACAGUGAAGAAAUGAAAUCCUUAACAAAAAGAAUUUAUGGUAUAGAUAGUGACAGAAGAAUAGAUAGACCAGCUCUUUCGUCUAAAAAGUUGAGGCGCGUACUAAGCAGUUCUGGAAUGGCAACCGGAGUUUCCUGGUUGGAUAAUCCUUUAGUUUUUGAUCCUAACUUGAUACCUAAUAAUGGUGGGUUGAAAAGGAUUCACCCGAGUUUUGCUAAUCUGAUUGACGAACAGACCGACAGACCUGAAGAGUCUGCUGAUUCUGCUACUUCGGAUGAUGCUUCUGAUGGGUUUUCUGCAGAAGAAGAUGAUUCUUUUUUCGGUUUACCAGAUGAGAAUUUAUCGACUGCCACAGAUAGCCGCGCAAGGCCCAAGUAUGUUAGAAUCGUCAGCAAGCAGAUGGUCGGAAUAUAUAUAUCAGUUUGGAUUCGGAAGAAGUUAAGGAGGCAUAUAAGUAACCUUAAAGUUCUUCCUGUUGGUGUUGGACUUAUGGGUUAUAUGGGAAACAAGGGAUGUAUAUCUGUAAGCAUGUCGCUCUAUCAGUCGCGCCUAUGUUUUGUUUGCUCGCAUCUUACAUCGGGUCACAAGGAUGGAGAUCAACACAAGCGCAAUGCUAAUGUUCAUGAAAUCCUUAGACGUACUCGGUUCUCACCCAUCAUUGAUAAUAACCAACCUCAUAACAUUCCGUCUCAUGAUCAAAUAUUUUGGUUUGGUGAUUUGAAUUAUCGUCUCAAUAUGACCGACUCUGAGAUCAGAAAGCAUGUAGCUAACAAACAGUGGAGUGAGCUUCUAAACAAUGAUCAGUUAACAAAAGAGCUUCGCAGUGGACGUGUAUUCGAUGGAUGGAAGGAGGGAAUAAUCAAUUUCCCUCCAACAUACAAGUAUGAAAUCAAUUCGGAUAGAUAUGUGGGUGAAGACCCAAAAGAAGGGGAGAAGAGAAGAUCACCAGCAUGGUGUGACAGAAUACUCUGGUCAGGAAAGGGCAUAAAGCAACAUUUCUACAGAAGAUCAGAAAUAAAAAUAUCGGAUCAUCGCCCUGUUAGUUCCUCGUUCUCAGUUGAUGUUGAAGCUUUAGACCCUCGAAAGCUUCAAAGGACUCUUCAUUACAACACUGCAGCAAUACAUCCUGAAGUUUUUCCUGAUGAGGAUGACAUGUAUAAUUAUCCCCAAUAACAGGUGAACAUUAAACAAUGUUUAGAGAAGACUAAUUAAUAUGACAGAUCAAUCAUCUGAAUUUAUACAUUGAUCUCCUGGGAUUCAAGGUUGAAAAUUCGAUAUUUUUCGGGUGAAUGAAUGAUCUUUGUUGUGGAUAAAUGCAUAUUGUACUGGCAUUUUUCAUGGCUCUUGAAUCCUGAUCAAGAAAAGUUUAUUACCAUGAUCAUUAUCAUAUACUUUUAUUAAAAGUGUGGAUUAAUUGUGAGAUAAUCAUGUAAUGGUUGAUUAUAAAUAACUAUAUAUAUAAUUAGCAGUUGCUAUUUAUAGCAGUCAGAAAAUGUACAGGGAAAUUUAUAGAAAUUCUUUGUUUAGAAAGAAGAUGAAUAUAGUGUACCUCAGCAGGGAGUGCAUCAGUUUUGUAAAAUGUGUGUUACUUGUGUGAGCUUGUGGAAUAAAUAUGUUUGUUCUUUAUUUGA